AUGGCUUUCUCAACCAAUAUGUCGGUUGCUGAGAGCUCUGUGUACCGAGCCAUCUACGACGUCGGUGAGCAACCCCUCCAGCUUGUAGGUCCAGGCGUGGCCCAGCCCUGGGCUCCCGACACUCUGGGCGACUCCACACAGAGAUGGACAUUCCUUCAGAAACUGUUGGCAAUAGAAAAGGCCCACGAUUGCCGGAGGAUUGAGAGAGAGAAGCAAACGUUGAAAGAGCAGCCACAGGUGAAGAAAAGUAAGAGGUCAGAUCUAACAGCCGAGCCAUCGAUACCAGACCUACAGCCUAGAUGGCUGCACGGACAGGUUCUUGAAGAAAGCCCAGGCGAGCCCGCAGGUUCAGAUGCUUGUUGCAGAACUGUGAGCUACCUGCCCAGCCUUGACACCGGUAAUCAAACAUCGACAUAUGCCUCUCACUCAGGCACACCCGUGGGCAAACACGCUCAUCAAACUUUAAACAAUGACUUAACCGCCUGGCCCAACACAGACAACGACCCGUCCAUGCCUGCUGGUGACCUAACCACCCCAGUCUCCCUCAGACUUUCCCGCCAAGACAGCAGCGUGCAUGAUCUGAGAUCCAGGAGAAAACGCCAGUUGAGGCUGCCACCGAUCUUGCUACCCAGAGUUUACACCGUCAACCCACGACCCCUGCAGUGUAGAGAGUUCCUGACUCCAACAACUAUCCGGGGUCCCAUCACGGACGAGGAAUGGGAAGAUCUAAAGAACUGUCGCUACAUCAGACAAGCCGUGCCUCGGUUCUGCCUGCAACUGGAUCCAUCUAACUUGUCGUCUUUCGAGUACUAA